AUGUACUUUAAUAUUUAUUUACAUAGAAAAAUAUUCUUUUCCUUUUUACGACAUAUUAACCAAACUUGUAAUGUAAAAAAUCAUUUUAUGCAUUAUUUAAGGUUUUUAACUUCCUGAAAAAUCCCUACAUUUACGGUGAAAAUGCAUCUGCUGUGACGUCAUCAGUUCCGGUCAUGGAAAUCCCUCCGAAUAUAACAGUCGAUACGAAAGUUCCGAACGAUGGAAAACUAUACUUUAAAAGAUAUAUACCUUUAAUAAAUCCACAAUACUCGGAACAGAUGAUUUAUUUCACCUUUGAUAUUAUCAACGACGGUGAUGCAGCCAUCAUAUUUUUCAAACCAGAUGGAUUUGACAUCUCGAUUCACAAGACAACAGAAUUAUAUUCAUUUUUCUUUAGUUCAGUGACUUUUCCAACAUCUAAAAGUUAUAAAAAGGAUUUAGGAGUUAGAGAUUGGACCAGAUUUGGGUAUAAAAUUUUCCUGAAAGAAGGUGUUUGCGGAAAAGGAAUUUGCUAUUUAGGCAUAAAACCCUUGACAGUCUUCAGUGAUGAUCAUUCGAAAUUAAGAAAAAGACGGGCUGCAGAAUCACUCACCACAACGUCUGAGGCACCUGACAAUGGAAGUACCAUUUUGAACACCACUAAACCAGCAAAUAUUUCGGACUUUGUACCACGUGACGCCAACUUCAGCAUCAUAUUCAUGACAACUGGUUGUCGAACGUGGGACAACAUUAACAACUCAUGGACAACGGAAGGAUGUCGGGUGCUGCCAAUGAGUGAUCUAAACAACACCGUGUGUCGAUGUGUUGGGGACACUUUCUCCUCAUCUUUUUACGUUCCACCAAACGUCAUAAAUUUUCUGACUGUUUGGGGGAAAUUUGAUGCCUCCAACGCAGCGGUGUAUGGCACACUCAUAGCCGUCUUUGUAGUGUACAUAAUACUACUAAUUGUUCUGCGAAAACAAGACAGAAGAGAUGCAAAUAAGUGGGGAGUUACCUUUUUGUCUGACCACAGCGCAGAACAUGUAUAUUUCUACAUGAUAAGUGUAUUUACCGGGGUGCGGAGAGGAGCGGGAACCAGAUCGAAUGUACAUUUCAUAUUAACUGGUGAUUACGGUGAUUCAGGAAUUCGAGCCUUAAAUGACAACAAUAAUGAUGGAUUUUCAACGGCAAGCGUAAAGAUGUUUUUAUUUGGAACGAACGACUCCUUGGGAGAUAUAAAAUAUGUUCGAGUAUGGCACGAUAAUUUGGGGCCUCCUGGCGAACAAAGUUGGUUCCUGAGUAAAAUUAUCGUCGAUGACUUACAGACAAAUGAAAGAUAUUUGUUCGAUUGUAACAAAUGGCUGGCCGUUGAUAACGAAGAUUGCAUGCUGGAUCGCAUGCUUCCAGUAUCUGCUCCAAGUGUAACUUCAUUUAAGUCCCGUUUUUCCGAUGAAACACAAAGUCAGCUCUUCGAGCACCACCUCUGGCUGUCUCUGCUCAUUCGACCGAAACAAAGCAACUUCACUCGUGUUCAGAGGCUGACAUGCUUGUUGGCACUUUUGUGUCUCAUUAUGAUUUCCAAUGCUAUGUACUUCAAAGCAUCCAGCGAGACCGAAAAUUCGGAUCAGAUAACAGUAGGGGUUUUUAGGUUCUCCUUUGCUACACUUUACGUGUCCUGCAUGGGAAUAAUUAUUUCUACUCCACCUAUUAUAUUUGCUGCCUUUGCAUUUAGACAUUCAAGUAGCGAAAAAUCUAGAAAGAACUCGGAUAACUAUUCAAGUAAUUCGAACAAAAAAGAAAACUCUCGAAAAACUGACACUUUUUGGAUUGAUGGGGAAGUUCUUAAUUCCCGGAAAGGCAGAUUUCCACGUUGGGUGUAUUUCGUAGCAUGGAUCUUCGUUUUGUUGGCAAUUGUAGCAUCUAGUUUUUUUCUUAUACUCUACAGCAUGGAAUGGGGAAAAGCCAAAUCGGAAGAAUGGUUAUCGUCUUUUGUGAUAUCUUUCCUGGAGUCUUUAUUUGUAGUUGACCCAGUUAAGGUUAUAUUCAUAGCCAUAAUCAUGUCGACAAUAUUGAAAAAUCUUAUGCAGGAAGACAGACCAAAUUUAGACUUGCAAAAAUUGCGAUCAGCUGUAGGGGCAAACAACACCUGUCGGGAAACAAGGUUUUCAGAUUUAACGAGCGAAGUUUUACCAACGUGUGACAUUUAUUCAAAAGAAGAACUGACCACCUUAAGGGAGAAAUGUAGAGAAGAAUCCCAGGCACGGUCAGCAUUGACAAAUCUCAUCCUGUUUACUGUAUACAUCUUAGCUAUAUAUGGAAUCAGCUUCAUGCAACGUGAUCCUCGGUCCUUCAAUAUGAAGCAAAACCUUGAUAGUUAUCUGCUUUCAGGACAACAUGGAUUCUCCAAUAUAAAAAGCCAUAAAGAUUUCCUAAGGUGGAUAAGUUCCAUAUUUAUUCCAACUUUUUAUCCAAAUGUGAGUUAUGCAGGGACGCCUCUUUCAGUGAUUGAUCGUCAAUGGUUAAAGGAUAUGAAAAGUAUUCGUGUAGGACCAGCCCGACUUCGUCAAGUUCGAAUGCAAACUGGUAAAUGUCAGUAUACCCAUCUCCCAUGGUCCUACCCUUGCAUUGACACCUACUCUGAAAAAGACGAAGACCAACAUUUAUAUUGCCUUCAGUGGAGAUCAUUCAAUGACACACUAUGUGGAAGGGAAUCUUACAGAGGACGGUUCUACACCGCUGAAGCCUGGGAAUACACUGACGCAAGUGAAAUUUGGGGAUUAUCCAGGGACGGGGAAUAUAACACGUAUAGUGGAGGGGGAUAUAUCUUGAAGUUUGUGAAAAACAGGGUAAAUGCCCACUUGCUCUUAGACGAAAUAGUGCAGUACAAGUGGAUUAACAGAAACACACGGGCUGUCUUUCUCGAGUUCACAACAUACAAUCCAAACGUUAAUCUAUUCGUUUACGCCAUGUUCUUGGUGGAGUUUCCUGAAGUAGGGGGAGCUUUAACAUGGACAGACACGCAAGCAUUUAAACCUGUUUUAAAUCUAGUAUCUCUCCAUUUCAGCAUGAUAGUAUUUUAUAUGAUUUUCAUGUUAUACUAUAUCUAUUUGCUUUUCAAGAUGAUUUGGCAAUUUAAAGAGCACGGUUGCCUGGUAGUACUCAAAGAGCCAUGGAACUGUAUAGAGUGUUUGUGUAUAUUCCUUGCAUAUGGCUGCUUGGUAAUAUUUGUAUUCAGAAUGAAAUCUACUAACAAGGCAAUGGACAUGUUUUAUGAAGAUAAACUCACUGGGGCUAAUCGAUUCAUUAACUUUGGACACAUCGUAAUGUGGGAUAAUGCAUUUAACGUUCUCUUUUCUACCCUUGUAUUUGUGUCAACGAUCCAAAUUCUUAAAAUCCUAGGCUACAACAAAAGAUUUGUGGAAGUCAUAUCCGUCAUGGCAAAUGCGGGAAAAGAUUUGAUCGCUUUUGGCGUUCUGUUGUUAGUAUCUUUUGUUGCGUUCGUUUUAUAUGGAUACCUUGUUUUUGGCUCCAAAUUAGAGCAAUAUAAAUCCUUAUAUGCCACUUGCGGAAGUUUAGCCAACACUUUCAUCGGGAAAAAUCGCCUUGACCCUCUUGUUGUUGCGGCACCCCUAGCAGCCCAGUUCUUUUAUAUGACAUACGCCGUUUUCAUCAUCAUGUUUAUGGUGACGAUUUUCAUGUCCAUUCUGAACAGUAGUAUUUCAUUAGUGAGAGCUGAGACUGCUGAAACCUCAAAUAAAAUAGGAAUGAUGGAAAUUGUGAAGAAGCAAUUCGAAAACUUUUGUCUUUUCUUCUACAAUCCAAGGAAGCGUAAUGUAAAUAAAAAUACACCAAGCCAGCCUCUCAGUGAGGAAGUCAAUGCUGUUAAUGUAAUGGGACUUAUUAGAGACAUCGUGACCGUGUAUGGAAAAAGGGGAACAAAGCUAGUAGAAAGAAAAUACUAUGAAGAAAGUAAACUGCGUUUGUUAUCCAAUGACAUUGAUUAUACUGACAAAGCAGCGCCACCUAAUGACGAUAUUUUCAUCCAAAAGUCUUGUUUUGAGGAUCCGCAAAGACUUUGUGAAAGCAACACCGACUUGAAAGAUGUCAAACAGAGAAUGUCAGAGUCAUCAGAAUUAUCGGAGUCAAGUGUGGACCUACUUAUAGACUCUCAUGGUAUACACAACACCCGUUUAAACACAACAUUUUCAACAAUGUUCUGAAUACGUCAUUCGUCUUACAGACGAUGAGGAUUUUAAGAUUUCUUCAAUGUUCUGAAAACUUCAUGCGUCCUGUAUUCAGUCGAAAAGAGUUUGAAGUAGUCAAAAGUUAAGAAUGAAUCAUAUUUGUUGUGUUUAAUUGAAAUUUGAAGUAUUCUAGAAUAUUCUGAAUAAUUCUUGUUAUUCCGGGUGAUGGGAAAUUUGGGAAUUCUUUUUUAUUGUUAUUUCGUUUAAGAUAUGUUCUGCUUGUAAGUUCUUUAAACAUGCAAAUUAUAAUUAAAUUCUUAUUGUGAAGUCUGAAAGUAUGACCACAUCUG